UCAAGGGUUUGGGAUUUAAAGUAGCAUUGCAUCGUCUUCUCAUUCCUGCCUCCUCUCCUUUUCCAAAAUCAAAAUCCAUUUCUAGGCAAUUUCACAUCAAACCUCAAUAUGCAGAACGAAGAAGGACAAAUCACCGAGCUCUACAUUCCUAGGAAGUGUUCUGCCACAAACAGAUUGAUUACAGCUAAGGAUCAUGCUUCGGUUCAGAUUAACGUAGGGCACUUGGAUGAGAGUGGUGUCUACAAUGGUCACUUCUCCACUUUUGCCCUAUGUGGAUUCACUCGCGCACAGGGAGAUGCUGACAGUGGAAUUGAUCGGCUAUGGCAGAAAAAGAAAACCGAGCUUAAACAGUAGAUGACAUGAUCUCAUCUAUGUUGUGUUUCUUUUUGAUAGAUUUUAUGUUGUUUAGUUCCAUCUUUCCUUAAGACCUAGAGAGAUAUUGAAUUAUUUUGAUCUAUGUAGUGCAAUCCUUUUUAAAAAAGUUGUUAUUCAUAUUAAAGAUCUAUGUAUUGUCAUUA